UUCUCGCUGUUGAUAUUGACGAUGAUGAUGGCUAUCAUGAAGACCGUCUUGUCUCUGUCUGUUAUUCUUUUCCUUUCACAUCACUCCAUCAAUUCCCCAGUGAACGCGUCGGCAGCAGGAGUUAAAUCUCGAAAGGUAGACAACCGAAGGGUGCUCAUGGGUGAUGCUGAGGAUUCAUACGACUACUACAAGGAAUGCAAGACGUCGGACAUCGGCCUGGCGCAGUCGGCGGCCGGAACUUUGCCAAACGGUAUCCCCACCUUUCUGGUUGAGAUCUUUAACACCUGCGAGUCCUCCUGCGGCAUCUCUGACGUCCAUGUCUCCUGCGGUGCCUUCGCCUCCGUCAAGCUCGUCAACCCCAGGGUCUUCCAGAGGGUCGCCGUCGAUGACUGCCUGGUGAACGACGGGCAACCUAUCCGGUCCGGCCAGGCUUUCUCCUUCGUCUACGCCAACUCCUUCAUGUACCCCAUGAAGGUUUCGCGUGCCGAUACUUGCUAGGCUAACAUGUCCAUGGAGGUCUAAUGGAGGGGAGCUCUCCUCUCCAUCUAUUGCCGAGGAGAAUAGACUAUUUGUUGCAACAGCUGACUUUUGUAUCUUGUGUUCAUCUUCACAAUGGAUCUUCAUCUUAACGUCUCUAAAGUUGGAACUAU